UGUGAGUAAUAUUAUGUGCAGGUGAGACGUUGUGAACCCCGGGUAAUGUAGUUUUUAAGAACGAAACGUCCUACUUCCGUGAGCGUCAGUGGAAGAGAAAGAGAACUACAGUUCCCGGCAGAGCGUUUAAAUAGCUCCGCCCCUUCUACGGGAUCAGGAAGUGGUGGGCGUGGUUUCACACUGUCAUAUGGAGAAUGGCACCGGGUGCGUUUAAAUGUAUCGAGUGUAAUGAAGAUGCAAACGAGCUGCAUCGAGAUUACAGCAAUGGCAUACUGAAGAUCACCAUUUGCGACUCAUGCAAGAAGCCAGUGGACAAAUACAUUGAAUAUGAUCCAGUUAUUAUACUUAUAGACGCCACUCUAUGCAAAAUUCAGGCGUUUAGACACAUCCUCUUCAACACUGUGAUCAACAUCCACUGGAAGCUGUGUGUUUUCUGUCUGCUCUGUGAAGCGUAUCUGCGUUGGUCUCUUCUGCAGGGGUCACAGUCCAGCAGUGACCCCGCUGACAUCAUCCGUUACACUAAAGAAUGGGAUUUUUAUUACAUGUUUGCAUUGGCUGCACUUGAGCUGGCAGCGUUUUGUACGGGUGUGCUGCUGAUCGUCUGGCCGAUCCGGCGCUUAUGUGGCUCUUCUGUAGAGUUUAAUCCACUGCUGAAGGCUCUUCUGCUCUCCAGCUAUGGCAAAGUCCUGCUGAUCCCUGCCGUCAUCUGGGAACAUGAUUUUUCUCCGCUCUGCUUCAGCCUCAUACGACUGUUUGUGUUGACCUCCAACACACAGGCCAUUAAAGUGAUUCUGAACUGCAGUAGACGUCUGUCUCUCCUGGCGGUGUGUGGUGGGUUACUUUUGGAGACCCUUGUUUCCAAAGCUUUAAAAACACUGCAGGUCUGCUCCCAAGACUAUAUGCCAGUGCUAUACUAAAAAAAACUCAAUCCAGAGAUCUGAAGAAAUGGAUUAAAAUGACAUCUGAAACCCAUGACCAUAGACAGGUGACAAUCCUGCUAUCAGCGAGUUUGAUUUGUGCUACAAAACUGUCAAAUUGUGGAUAUGGAGACAAGCUUUUCAUCACUUUGUAAAUGUUGUGUGAUGGCGUCAGUCUGUACACCGAAUAUUUGAGGUCUAAAUGAGCAAAUUGCUCAUCUUUACUAUGGUAACUGUUAUGAGUAUUUACAUCCACAUACGCAUUGCUUAGCAUGCUUUUCAAAAACUGCUUUUUUGACUAGGCUGAAAAGACCUUUUAGUUUUUCACCAAAUUUUGCGUGUUUACUUUGACUUUGAAGACUCGGCUUUACAUUCCUGAGGUCAUCUGUCAAAUUCCUGCCAAUUAGCUUUGCCGAAGAGAGACGUGAACUCAAAUUUACUACAUAUGGCUGUGGUUCACAUACUGUGACUAUAUCUGUUUUAUAUUGAAUGGUUUGUGUAUGAACUUUGAAAAGCACUGAAAUGCUAUUGACCUUUGUUACAUAACUUUUUAAGUCGAGCUUUUAGUAUUAACUUGGGAAAUAAAUCUCACACUUCUUUGCGAAACUCAUUCUUAGUGGGGGAUUGUGGUUGUGUGGUGUCGCUCCAAGUCCCACAUCCUUUAUAGUUUAUCCUCUACAGUUCAAAAGGCAAUAAACAUAAUUGUGAUUUAUAUAAAA